GAUUGUUCCUGUUCACUUUCUUAAGUCACUUCAAAUGCUGUCCGUGGACGGGUAGCUCAUUGUCAGGACAGCAGCAGGGCGAGAGUGGAGCAGAGUGGCCAGAGAGAUAGGUACAGGAGCUGGUACCUCAGCCUAAUACACAGCUACUGCACUACUGCAACAGUACAGAGGAGAGGACAGACAGGCAGAGCUACACUGAGCUGGUAAAUGAUGGACACAGACAUCCAAGGUUUCAGACCAGACAGGAGGAGUCCUCUUAGGGAAGACCUGAGACCUGUCUCUCAUCCCAGUCUUUACCUGAGCCAAUCUCCACUCUGCCUGAACCCCCCCAAACGCUCCCUCUCCCCGACCAGAGAGGCCUACAGCACCACAUUCAGCCCUCUGACUCACCAUCGCCCUAUGGGCUCUGAGGGUUUUCAUUACACCCAGAGGGAAGGCUCCCAAAAACGCAAAAGAACUCCACUCAAAAUGGAGGGUUCCGAAUCCCCCACUCCUGGAGACAUGGAGGAGGUGGAGCGUCGAGGCAACACCAGGACUGUUGAUCUCUCCCACCUGCCGUUCUCCCUCCCUUCUCAUCCGCGUCUCUCUCCCUCUCCCAUGCCCAUCCCAGGUAUGAUCGACCUGACCCGGCUCCAGCUGCACAGCAGGGCUCGGUCCAGGUAUGAUCCACCUAUGGGCCUCGCAGUGCAGGUGAAACAGGAACCAAUCAGCCCCUCACCUCUGUGGCCUCCCUCUCCUCUCCUCCUGCACCACCCUCCUCCCCCAUUCUUUCCCCCUCUCCACCCCAGCCUCCUCCCCUUCCCCUUUUUCAUGCCUGGGCCUGUCAUGCACCUCCCUCCUGGAGCCUUCUACCCCAGAGAGGCCCUCAGACCUAGUCGGUGUGGCCUAGACGGAGGCCCCCGAGGUGGGAUGACCAGCGCUGAGAAGCUAGGACUCAACAUCCACAUUGACGACAGCUACUUCGUAGAUGUAGGGAGAGACCAGAAGCGUUGGAAGUGCCGUAUGUGUGAGAAGUCAUACACCUCCAAGUAUAACCUGGUCACACACAUCCUGGGCCACAGCGGGAUCAAGCCUCACGGCUGCCACCUGUGUGGGAAGCUGUUCAAGCAGCUAAGCCACCUGCACACCCACCUUCUUACCCACCAGGGCACAAGGCCACACAAGUGCCAGGUGUGCCACAAAGCCUUCACCCAGACCAGCCACCUGAAGAGACACAUGAUGCAGCAUAGUGAUGUGAAGCCAUACAGUUGUGGGGUGUGUGGGAGGGGCUUUGCCUAUCCUAGUGAGCUGCGGGCCCAUGAGCUGAAGCAUGAGAAGGGCCAGGAGAACGUAUGUGUAGAGUGUGGUCUAGACUUCCCCACUCUGGCCCAGCUCAAGAGACACCUGACGGCCCACAGAGGACCCACCCUCUACAGGUGUAGUGAGUGCCAGAAGAGCUUCCAGUACCCCAGUCAGCUGCAGAACCACAUGAUGAAGCACAAAGACAUCCGGCCAUACAUCUGCAGCGAGUGUGGCAUGGAGUUCAUACAGUCCCAUCACCUCAAACAGCACACACUCACACAUAAAGGGGUGAAGGAGCACAAGUGUCGUAUCUGUGGUCGUGAGUUCACCCUUCUGGCCAACAUGAAGCGUCACAUCCUGAUCCAUACUAACAUCCGGGCCUACCAGUGCCACCUCUGCUUCAAGAGCUUUGUCCAGAAACAGACCCUCAAGGCCCACAUGAUCGUCCACUCUGACAUCAAACCCUACAAAUGCAAGCUGUGUGGGAAAGAGUUCAACAGAAUGCAUAACCUGAUGGGCCAUAUGCACCUGCACUCUGACAGUAGGCCCUUUAAGUGCCUCUACUGCUCCAGCAAGUUCACUCUGAAGGGAAAUCUCACCCGCCACAUGAAAGUCAAACAUGGGAUCAUGGAUAGGGGCCUGGAUGCAAGAGUGUCCAGGCGGCAGGGGCGCUUCUGCCUGUCGGCCCCUCUGGGCCUCCUGACCCGUUACAGCCAGGAAGAGCCCUUUGACCUCUCCCAGAAGCCCAGGCGGCCGCGGCCCUGCCUGCACCUCUCCCAGUCGGACGGGGAGAGCGUCCCGGGGAGCUCCUGUCAGGACGAGGAUGAGGAGGAGAGCCUGUACAGGAGGAGCCAGUACAGCCCUGAUGUCUACCAACACCACACUGGGGGACAGGUGUAUAGGUCUGAGACAACUAAACAGAUGUAUAGACAGGACAUGGAGACUAGUGGACAGGUGUACCCGCCUGGGGCAGGUGGCGAGGUUUAUCCGCCUGUUUCAGAGCCAGGUGAUGCAGAUAAGCAGUUGUACCAGUGUGUGACAGGUAGACAGGUGUAUGACUCUGACUCAGAGCUAGGUGACCAGCUGUACCAACCUAACCUGGAAUUAGGUGACCAGAUGUAUGAAACGGAGUCAGAGGCAGGUGAACACCACAUAGGUGGCAAGCUGUGUUACCCACAGUCAGGUAAUACAGGUGAACAUACGUACCACUCAGAUUCCGAGGUAGGUAGCCAGUCGUAUCAGUCUGACCCAGACCAGCUAGAGAUAGGUGACCAGGUGUACCAUUCUGAUCCAGGCGAGGAGAUGAUGGACACACCUGAACCAUGUGAAAAAGACUACCACUCAGACCCUGGUGUCUUAACAAAAACCAUAGGGACUGAUGAGGAGGAAGAGGAGGAUUUGGUGAGAGCUGGGAGCAGGGUAGAGGGAGAACAGAGAAAGCAAUUUAGACGUUAUCUUAGCAGGGAAGAAUACAGACGUGUAAGGAGUUAUAAAGAUAGUAAGAGUUCCUCUUCUACAGAGUAGUGACAAGAGGAGUAAGAGUAGUGAAUAGGCUACUGUGCUGAAGAGAAGAGGGUUGAGAGCUGUUGUAAAAGAGUGGGGAGAGAAUUGAGUAGUAACUCGAACCAGCCACUGCUUUAUAAGUGUUUUAAAUCUAGAAAAACAUGCCAAAUUGCUAACGAAACUAACCCUGUAGCAUUUAAUAUUGCUAUAAAACCAAACAAAAAUAAGUUUGGAAUUUGUAUGACAUAUUUGAUUAAUCAAAUGUUAGAAUUAAACAAUGAAGGCCUUUAAACACUUGUUGGACAAUAAUUGUAAAAAUGAAAUGCCUUUUAUGGUGUCUGACGGAGUUGAAUCCAGUUAGUUGCAUUUUACAUCUUUCAAGAAUCAAGCUCGAAAAUAGCAACAUUUUCUCACAGGCCAAUUGGCAACAUGUGUAAAAUAGAAUGCGAUUAACUAUAAAACUGCACAUUUUUCUCUUCCUCUGACCUUCCCGGGGGCUCCCGCAAAACUGCGCUACGCCACUCGAAUAAGCUGUGAAGUGUUAUGUAUUUCAGGCUGGUAGAACGGACAAUACAUGUGCAUGUGAAAAGACGUGUCUUAAAGAAAAGCUUAUUUGAAAUCAGGGUGAAAUUGUGCUGUAAAUAAAAUUCAAUUGUUUUGAAAAUAUAUUUUUUCUAAAUUGUUACUUUUUAACUAGUACUUGUCAAUCUAUAAUUAGUUAGCAUGGGAUUACAAUGUGAUAACAAUUAUUUCUAUUUUUUAAUGCUAGUUUCAAAUGCUCUUCUACUGGAAGCUUUAAUAGGUCUGUAAAUUAUGUUGUUUGUUGUGUGAGAUAAUGAGCGAACAAAAGUAAUCUCAUCUAAUGAGAGAUUUUGAAAUUAAUAAAAGUGCUGUAAGAAUUAAGAAUUUUUGGGGGGAGAUUAUAGACGUCUAUGCUUGGUUCAGAUUUGAUCUGGUCCGGACCAACCUUAAUUUGGCUCAAACAUAGACAUCUAUGAUUGGUUCAGAUUAGGUCCGGUACUGAACCAAUCAUGCUCUACUGUACUGAACUGUGCCGUACUGUACUGUGCUGUUCAAACUUGUGAAACAUAUUCUAAAUGUCUAUGAUUCGUUCAGAAUUCGACCAGCCUUGAUUCGUUCAGAUUUUUACUUGUUUGGGGGCGGAGCUCAUGAGAAUAAUACCCAGCAUGCUCUGCGAGAUUGUGUGUAUUGUGUGUAUUGUUGUGAAAUUGUUAGAUAUUACUUGUUAGAUAUUACUGCACUGUUGGAGCCAGAAACACAAGCAUUUAGCUAUACCCGCAAUAACAUCUGCUAACCAUUUGUA